AUGGCCAAUGUGUUAACAUUAGAAUUGUGUCAGCAUUCAGUAAAAAUACUAAACUUUUUUUUUUUUUUUCAGAUUGCUUGCAACUUGUUCCGAACUCUUCCUCCUUCGGAUAACCCAGAUUUUGACCCAGAAGAGGACGAUCCAACGCUAGAAGCGUCUUGGCCACACUUACAGCUGGUCUAUGAAUUCUUUCUACGCUUCUUAGAGAGCCCCGACUUCCAGCCAGCAAUUGGCAAGAGAGUUAUAGAUCAGAAAUUUGUUUUACAGCUCUUGGAACUGUUUGAUAGUGAAGAUCCUCGAGAGAGAGACUUCCUCAAGACUGUCCUACAUAGGAUAUAUGGAAAGUUUCUGGGUCUCAGAGCAUUCAUCAGAAAGCAAAUAAACAAUAUUUUCCUUAGGUUUGUAUAUGAAACGGAGCACUUCAAUGGUGUAGGAGAACUUCUAGAGAUUUUGGGAAGUAUAAUCAAUGGGUUUGCUCUGCCACUAAAGGCUGAGCAUAAGCAAUUUUUGAUCAAGGUGCUGAUCCCACUGCACAAAGUGAAGUGUUUGAGUCUAUACCAUGCACAGCUGGCCUACUGUGUGGUGCAGUUCCUCGAGAAGGACCCAACACUCACUGAGCCAGUCAUAAAAGGACUUUUGAAAUUCUGGCCUAAAACUUGUAGUCAGAAAGAGGUAAUGUUUUUAGGCGAGAUAGAAGAAAUACUCGAUGUAAUAGAACCAUCACAGUUUGUCAAAAUACAAGAACCACUGUUUAAGCAGAUAUCAAAGUGUGUUUCCAGUCCUCAUUUCCAGGUUGCAGAGCGGGCACUCUAUUUCUGGAACAACGAGUACAUCAUGAGCCUAAUAGAGGAAAAUUCUAAUGUGAUCCUUCCUAUAAUGUUUCCAGCACUCUACAGAAUUAGCAAGGUUGGUAGAUUCUGAGCUUUUGUCUGAGUA